GUUUUGCAGAUCUAACACGUCUCCAACGCCCACACGAACGAAAAGGAGCUCUCUCUCUCUUCAUUUCAUGCAUCUUUCUCUUACCAGAAGCAGAAGCUGAUAUAAGAACAAGACACCAAACGCUCCCCAUCCCACCGCUCCCACCUUCUCACCACCUGUCGUCGUUCUCUUUCUUCUUCUUCUUUUCCAUUGAGGAGAUAAUUUCCUCGUACACCCAUCGCCAUCUCUCGCUCCCUCUCCUUCUCAUUCGUUCCAGUUUCGUUUCCCUACUUCCACUUUUCCUUGUCCAACGCUCCUCUUUCCCUUUUGAAAAAACCUCUCUUUCUUCCGUUUUCUCCGUCGUCAUCGGAUAAAACAAGAACCCUCCCGAUCAGCUUCAGAGCUAAUAAAAUCCACGAACUCUUCUCAACCCCUUAUCAUUAGGAAACUCCCCCCAAAGAAAUUCUCUUGAAUUUCGCAAGAUAUCGUUUCAAGAUAUAUUGUUUUUCUCUCUCUCUCUUUUGAGAAAGAAGGAGAGAAAAGAAACGGUUCGGUUCGAAUGGGGAACUGCCAAGCAGCAGAGGUGGCGGCGGUGGCCAUCCACCACCCGGCGGGGACCAAGGUGGAGAGGAUAUACUGGUCCGUGAGCGCCCACGACAUCAUGUCGGCGAACCCGGGGCACUACGUCGCGCAGGUGAUCGCCGCCUCCUCUCAGACGGUGGCGGCGAAGGACGAGAGCGGCGGCACGCCGGCGAGGCAGCUCAGGCUCCUGCGGCCUGACGACACUCUGCACAUCGGGCAGGUCUAUCGGCUCGUUAGCUUCGAAGAUGUGAUGAAGGAGUUCGCGGCAAAGAAGUGCGUGAAGCUGGGGAAGCUGCUGGAAAGAUCAGGAGGGGACGGAGUCGAGUCGAAGAAGAAAGAGUCGAGGACGAGUCGGGGGCCGAGUUCGAAGCAUGACUCGGUGACUGCUGACGACCGCAUGUCCACCAAGGAGGAGGAGGAGGAGGUUGAUGAAAUGGGAAGCAGCAGUAGCGGCAGCCUGAGAGGACUAACGGGUGGUAGGCAGUGGAAGCCAGCCUUACAAAGCAUUUCAGAGAUUGGAUCUUGAACGAUACUCUCUCUCUCUCUCUCUCUCUCUCUCUCCGUGUCCAAUAAAUACAAAGUGCCACCAAAAGUUGUCCGUACUUUUGUUCACUUUUUCACCAUCUCCGAUGUCGUAACUAGCACUUUCUUUGUUAAUCGAACUAGUGACUGUUCUUUUCCCCACACCUUUGAGUUCUAGUGCGUUUUAGGAGCGAUGCUUGAUUGUCAACGUUUGGUGUUAUAUAGAUACAUUAGAUUAGGAUGUGUCGCUUACUUUUUCUCUUCUGAAACGUGGGGAUGAUAGUGAUGGUUGAUGCUACUUCAAUGACGAUUCCUAAUUAAUCUCCGGUUGUUGA